CGAGCACCGAUCCCGAGGAGGAUCCCGAUGAGACGAGCACGGCGCACACCCGCACGCCCGGAUCGAAUCGUCGCCGCGGCGCCGAGAAGCUGGGCCACAGCCGUGAGGGAUUAUGUCGGCGCAAAGUGCGGACUCUCCAAACUGCACCGCGAAUCAGGACGAGGAGGAGGAGGAGGAGGAGGAGGUGAUCUUGCAAGAGUCUGAGAAUAAUCCUGUAGAUAUUCUGGAGUGCUUGUCGGUUAUGAUCAACGACGGCACCGGGAAGGACGCGAGUCAAGUACAGCAGCUUAUAUUAGACGACCAGUUGCUUGGCACGAUGGUGACUACGAUUACGUUACCUGAUGGGAGUCAAGCUUUUGUUACGAAUAAUCUCAGUGACAUUGAUCCAGAUUUCAAGACCCAAACGCUGCAAACGACGCUCGAAAACGGCGAUACUAUUUUGCUGCGAGAUUUGUCGGAAUUUGGCGAUGGCAAGGCUCUCCAGUUGGAAUUAGAUCCAGCUACAUUUGUACAAACUGAAGACCCUGCCACCGAAAAUGUAGAAAAUACGUACUCGCAAGUCGAAUUUAUCAACGGCACUGCGUACAUGGUGGCCGGCCAUGUGGACGUAGACGAGAAUUUAUGGGAAAUUGAAGAUGGAAAGCUGAAGAAAAAAGACCCCAAGAUCUUAAUCAACAAGUUAUCCGACGCAAAAGUGAGGUACCCUUGUCCCAGAGAGGGCUGUUCGAAGGUUUACAGCACGCCUCAUCAUCUGAAGGUCCACGAGCGUUCACAUACCGGCCAACGACCGUACAGAUGUACUCAUCCAAAGUGUAAGAAGAGCUUUUCAACUGGCUACAGUCUGAAAGCGCAUUUACGAACGCACACGGGCGAGAAACCGUACAAAUGCACGAACGGAACGUGCAACAAGAGUUUCAAGACGUCGGGCGAUCUGUUGAAGCACGUGAGAACUCACACGGGAGAGCGUCCCUUCGUAUGCCCGUUUAACGGUUGCGGCCGAUCGUUCACCACGAGUAAUAUAAGAAAGGUUCACGUAAGGACGCACACCGGCGAGCGACCGUACAAAUGCACACAGCCGAUGUGUGGCAAAGCGUUCGCCAGUGCGACAAACUACAAGAAUCACAUACGCAUACAUUCGGGCGAAAAGCCCUACGUUUGUUCCAUAGAGAACUGCGGUAGAAGGUUUACCGAAUAUUCUAGUCUAUAUAAGCAUCAUCUUGUACAUGCACCACAACGACCGUUCGAAUGCACAUUAUGCUCCAGGAAAUAUCGUCAGAGUAGCACGCUGGUGAUGCACAAGAGAACAGUUCAUGCCUUGGUCGACAGUGACGACGGUGCCGAUGCGUUUCUGCAAGAUUCUCUUGAACCCUCUAGUCAGAAUAAAAAUAAAAAGAAAGCCGUGAAAGAAACCCAUAAGCUGCUAGCGAAAGAUAAGCAGAUCCAAAUUUCUAAAAUGAUCGACGACACGAACGAGAAGGAACCACAAAUUUUGUUCGUAGGCGAUCCUUCGCAAAUCGCUGCAUUACAGAAGAUCGACCUGGACGAAAAUUUCGAUGAUCCCGGCAUCGAUACAACGUUCGAGGGAUUGAACAUAAAAAUUGAGGACAUAGAAUUUGGAUGGAACUAACGCAAGGGGAAAGAAACGUGACGUACGUGGAUGGACUCUGUAUGCGUGAGAAAAGUCUUAAGCAUUGAACGUUAAUAAUUUUGUUAAUAUUUAUUUAUGGGUGUACUUUUAAUAUCAGAGCGAAAUCAAACAAGGAAAUGAAAAUUAAAAAGUAGUGUCAAACGAUGUUUGACGGCGGAAGCGGCGCGAUAACAGCUGCGAGUUGAGACUUAAGUUUUUUGCCAGUUUCAUAAAUUUAUCGGAUAGAAAUAUAUAAUAGCGCAUAAAUAAUUUUUAUGCCUGUUCCAUAGAAAACUGUGGUAGAAGGUUUACCGGAUAUUCUAGUCUAUGUAAAUAUUAUCUUAAGUUAUAAACUUUUUUCUUCAAAAUUCAUCUCCGCAUCUCAAGAUCCUGUUUAGUACAUCUUAGCAUAUCUAUCGCAUCAGACAUUUAAUCUGUCGCGCCAAUCACUUUACGUCAAUGACCAUGUCAUUGAAACUGUCGUACAUCAAUCAUCGGUCUCAUUAUUACAAAAAAAAAGAUUGAUGCGCUAUUAUAAAUUUCUAUCUGAUGAAUUUUUGAAACUGAUAAAAAACUUAAGUCUCAACUCGCAGCUGUUAUCGCGUCGCUCACGCAGAGAUCUUAAGAAGAUGAGAAGAACUUCCCAUUUUCGCGUCGAAAUGAUUUCAGUGAAAUUAUUUGAUUAUUGGUUCAUAUUCCGAACAUAAGAUAAGAUUUACAAAAAUGCAAAAAAAAGAGAUCCAUAUUUACACAAUCUGAUUAUGUUCUUGAACUAAAGGCAGUGCCUUACAUGAAAGUGCGAAUGCGAAAAAAAUAUAUGUGCUAUAUUAUAUUUUGUCCAUCUAUAGUUAUCGAGCGUGUAUGUAAUAUAUUUUUUGUAAUAAUUUAAAUCUUUUUUUUAUCCAAAAUGACUAGCUGAGUUACUUAUGUUUUUU